AUGACAUCACUGAAUGAUGUCAUUUUCGACGGAAUCAGACACAACAUUCUUCGUGGAGGCGCAGCCGUGGAUAGCGAUGGUGUGAGAGCGUACGAAGGCGCGGAGUGUUCCAAACAAUGGCGUCGGUGCGCGUUUUGUGCGUGGUGUCGCACAGCUAGUCCACCGGCACCUGUUCUACAAUCCUCCUCCAGAUCGAUCAAUAAUCGAAUUCAGUAUGGCCAGGGAAUGACAGUCUCGCUACAGGGGAUGGAGAUCUCUGCAGCGUCUCUGGCAGCUAUCGUUCGUAAUGCGGAUGCAACGACACUCAUCGUGGAUUGUCGAUGCCUAGCCGAUUUCAAACAGUCGCACAUAUGUCGUGCAACGAAUCCAUUCUAUUCAAAACUCCUUCAACGUCGUCUCCUUGAGGAUAAGGUCGACCACGUCCGUCUCGCCAAUCAAUUACGCUCAACAUUGUGUGGAAAAGAAUUCGAGAACGGAAUGGUUGACGUUGUGCUCUACGCAGAUGAACAACCAGAAAAACAGUCUACGCGGUUUUGCUCGAAACGGAGAAUUAACGCGAGUGCGCAGACGGAAUGUCCGGUGAAGAUACUACGGAAAUUGCGAGAUCAGCUGGAGUGUACGAACGUGUUCGGGAAGAUCCAAGUGCUCGAGGGUGUUGAACUGAUUCAUUCUCCGAAAAUGAGAGAAGACAAGAAGAAAAAGAAGAACAAGCAAAAGGCCCGAAGGCCCAAGGCGAAGCUGCAGGUUCAGCAGCCGCAAAAGUCUGCAACACUACAGCCCGCGGAAGCGAGUGCAGGGAGCGAGGAACCAUCCACAAGUGGAUUCCAAAAUUUCCGACUGCAAUUUCCACAACAGUGCGAAAGCGAACAUUCAAGCGGUGUUUGUGGUAUGAGCCGUUUGUCGGCUAGCAUUUCACAGCCGUGCCUUUCAUCCAUCAGCCUGCAAUCUGCUCCGGAUGGUCCUACGCAGAUAUUUCCCUUCAUGUACCUCGGCAGUCAACAGGACGCUCUCGAUACGGAACAAAUGAGGAAACGAGGCAUAACACACGUGGUCAACUUGUCAAUUGGAUGUCCGCGUGCAUCAUCUAUCACGAGCGAUGAGAAUUUUCUCCGAAUCCCUGUGAACGAUUCGUAUCAAGAGAAGCUGUCGCCACAUUUUGAAACCGCGUGGGAAUUUCUGGAAGGAGUUCGGCGGUCUGGGAAUGUGGUACUCAUUCACUGUUUAGCUGGCAUAUCACGUAGUCCUACCUUAGCUAUUUCAUAUGUAAUGCGGUACAAGAAUAUGUCGUCCGAAGAUGCUUAUAGGUUGGUAAAGGAGAAGCGGCCGUCGAUUUCGCCAAAUUUCAAUUUCAUGGGUCAACUGCUUGAGUAUGAGCAGUUGUUAAUCAAAAAAGGCCUCUUGUCAGCAGAGGCCUCGUCAAAACGGGUAGAUCGACCACUUUCGCUCAAGCAAGAAUUCGACUCAGAGGACAAUGACUCUUCUGUUGGUCCCGCAACGAAAGUCCCGAAAUCUGCCUCUACUCAUUGUGUGUUUUUCGAUCGGCCACGUGACUUUUCCAUAACCACCACAGCACGAGUGAAUGAGAACGGUAAACGCGGACUGAACGACUCACUGGAUCGUCCGAAAGUCCUCGGGUUGUAUAACGCUGACACGAAAAGACACAUCGCGGAAGAACUGCCGUCACCGUCAACGGAGCUGUCCAAGCUGACUUUUGCCGGUGGAUUGCCCUCACCGUCUUCACCCAUGGUUGAUCACGCAAGUCUUUCGCUGUCAAACCCGUGCUUCGUUUCACCGACUCGGGAAGCACUUCAUCCGGAGGCAGCGAGUACACAUACCGAGGAGUGUGAGACGAGUCGGCGUAGCUACUUCAAGCACCGCAUCGUUUCAUUGUUCAAGUCUCAUCAAUCUACCACCUGCUGUCCACAAUCUCCGCAGCUCAAGACCUCUCGCCCGGAGAACCUUCAGUCAGCUGGGUUACCGUUCUUCGGCUUGAGAAAGUUGAACAAGGCGAACAGUCCAAUGCUCCUCACAACAACUGAGGAGGCUGAAUCUCCUGAAUCAGGCUACCAGGAUGACGAAUAUAAGACAUCUCCAGAAGAUCUAGACCGUGUUUCAAUCAGCUCGACAGGUAGCGAAAUUACGGUUCAAUAG